AUGGCCAACAUGUUUUCUUUGCACGGGAAGAAUGUAGUAAUUACUGGGGCUGGAGGGAGUAUAGGAAUGCAGAUAGCGCUCCUCUUUGCCGACGCUGGUGCGAGCACUCUUACACUCAUUGACAGUUCCUCGCAAGCUUUAAGUAAGCUCGAGCGAGCGUUUACUCUACAGCCGAGACGUUUUGAUUGCAAGCUCAUGUUUGAGAAAUGUGACAUGACAGACGAGAAACAGCUCAGUCCCAUCCUAGACAGGUUGGAUGCAUACGGCGGAAUUGACGUUAUGGUAAACAAUGCCGGCGUAUUUCCUACGGAUCUAGACGGCGAUGCGAUACACGUUAGCCUCAGAGCAUGGGAACUGACAUAUCAAGUAAACGUAUUGGGGACCUGGCUUGGCUGCAAGCAUGCCAUCCUUAGCAUGCGGCGCAACAAGAAGACGUCUGGCAGCGUGAUCAACGUCAGCUCCGUAGCCGGUCUUGUCGGUAGCGCGACGGCCCAGCUUGCUUACACAGCCUCUAAAGGUGCAGUCAUUGCCAUGACGCGUGAGUUGGGCAUUGUACACGCCAAGGAGGGAUACAGAUUCAAUUGUCUUUGCCCUGCACCGUUAGACAGUCCGAUGUUGAAUGACUUUUUGGACGCCGACGAUGAGCCAACAAAGCACGAGAACGAUCAAGAUCUGGCUGUGGAAUGCUUUUCUAUGAACCGCAGACAGAGACGAGAGGUUCACUUGCCUCAGGGACGGUUUGGAAAUCCAGUUGAGGUGGCAGGGGCUGCCCUUUUCUUAGCCUGCACUGCGAGCAGCUUCGUCAAUUCGACCGAGCUGGUUGUGGAUGGCGGCUUGACCAAGGCGUUUGUAACACCAGAAGGUCCAAGACACUAUAGUCAGCGACACCUCAGGAGAUAG